AUGAACGAGCCUAAGGAAUAUCCUCACGGGCGCCGCUUGAAAGCUUUCUUAAGAGACCAUCUAAGAAGGCCUUCUAAGCGUCGGGUUCUGACUGCAAAGCCAAGACGUCCCAUAAAAUGCUGCAAAGCCAGCCCAGUGGUUUUCACAAUGAAGUACGAGGACCCUGAAUUUUUUGGAAGCGACCGUGAGGAUCUGCAACAAUUGGAAUUUGCCAAAAACCACGGUAGCUUUGUGGGUGACUUCUCUUCCGAAAAGGACUCUUACCACAAAAAUGACACUGAAGUUAGUCUUGCCACGCAAAAGGGAUCUGCGGAUGCGCCAUCUGCGUUCAUUGCGCGCCAGAGGCCCAAAAUUGAGGGCUCGAACUAUUCUGCUCUACCGCCACAAAAUGGCCAUUUUUUAGAGCAGGCCGCUAGAUCUGAACACGAAGUUGUCAAUGCAAAGGAUUCUAUCGCCAAACCUGAAAGACUCGCUGAUGAAAUCGCUCAAGCAAACAGAAAUUUCGACGUUACUGGCCACAACAGCGCGAAUUUUUUAAGCAGAAAGCUUUCCGUCAUGGAGUCUCGCAGAGCCGGAGAUUGCAAUCUCCCAGUGAUGGAUACGGAGGGUAGCGGUGACUCAAACUGUUUAGAGCGUGAAAACGCGGAAGCGUUUGACACUACACCAAUUGAACCAAAUUAUGUCAUGGAUCCUGGAUCACCAUCUUGUCCAAAUACAGACUCUGAAGCCAAUUCCAAACACGACAGCCUGAAAAGAAUCUUCGACAAUCCAGUCGAGCUUCUUACGGAACUUAAGCGUCCAUGCAUCGACAAGGAAGGUAAGCAUUCCGAUUAUGAUGGUGACUAUGAUGAGCGUCAGGCAAAUGAAUCUUUCCGGGAGUCCUCUUCCAUUUACUCGGAUACGCCUUCAUUCAACGAGCCAGUAUGUGAUACGCCUCUUUCAAUGUCGGAGAAUAAUCCACAUAUGCUUGAGAAUCCUUACAUCGAACAUCAACAAUCUCCAGAGCUAUCGAAGAAGUGCUUACCAAACAGAGAGUCACCCAAAGCGGUGACCACCCAAGAUGCACGAGAACCUGCAAGUUACAAAAACCCGCCUCCGAUCAGAACUCCUACCUUCACACCCAUUUCUAAACUUAACCGCGGCGCUUCUGACAAUGGCAAUGGUUCGCCACUUGAAGAGAAGUUCCAUGGAAUGGUUGAAAUAUUGAAAUAUGUUGUCCAUCACCAGCCAUUGGCAAAAAGCGAGACAGGGAAUGAUAGCACUGUUGAUAAUGGUGGAAAUGGUGUAAUCGAUGACAAUAAUGCCAAGAAAGAUUCCAAGGCGUGUAACGAGGGUAGCGAACGUCGCAGCAGCAGUGGUAGGAGCAGCAGUCGCGGUGGCAAUCGCUCCAGCUCAAUAAAAAAACCCCAAACAUUCAAGCCUUCCAAAUGCGAAGAAUUCGAAACUCAACAAUUGUGUGUUCCGACAUUUCGGCAAAGUUUGCGUAAAAUAGACGCUUUGGGGCUCUUUGAAGAUGUGAGAAAAGGCACUUUGACCGAGAGAGAUUUGUUCAAUUUGUCAAAAGUAAAACCCGAUGACACAUACGAUUUUCGUGACAGUAGGUUUUAUGAUAACCAAUCUUCAAAGUCAAGUUCAUCGGAGUCUUUCAAGGCACACGAUGAAGAGAGCUUAGUUUCCAGUGUCAAGUUUGAUAAAUUCUCGCAUUUGCUAAUGUACGAUGUUCGCAAAACCAGCAAGUUCGAGCGACCUGAGACUUCCCAAUCUUCCAGAAGUGCCAAAGCAUGCACUAGAGAGACUAAAUUGCCUCGAUCUCUCUCUGACAGCACGACCAGCGAAGCCAGGAAAAAGCGAAUGGGCAACUGCAAGCCCAUUCUCAAGCGUAAAAUAAACGAGCGUGCAGAAGUAGAGUUUUUGAGAGCGGAAGACUGCGAUACGGUGGACGUCACAGAUUUCUUGACUUUCUUCAAGGGCCACGAAGCGCGCCGUCGCACUGAGGAAAACCGUCUUAGCAAGAUUCGCGAGCAGCAAUUGACAAACUACUACGCUAACGACCACAUGUACAACUCAGUUCAGAACGGAGACGUUAAAUCUGCCAUGAUUGACUUUAGAAGAAGUAAAAGGGCCACAGAGCACAACAUCGGAAGAGAAUUGCGCGAUCCUGCCACCAUAAUAAUGAGCUGUCCACGAGAAGCCGAAUGGCAACGUCUACACAAACAAAGUAAGGUCUCCCAGAGGUGUUUUUAA